UUUCAUAAUGAAGUUUUUGAUUUUUUUAAUUGUUUAUAUGAAAUAUAAUUGCCGUGCAAUUUAUUAUGAGAAUCAUGGGAUUAUACGCGAAAAUUAUGUUACACUGGCUGCACAUUUUGCUGCUGAUAGUCUUUACAAAGCUUUACGAUUAGAAUCGAUUAUUGAUGGAUUAUCAUUCAAACAAAUAUCGCUGAAUGGAUCAUUGGUCUCUGAUAUUGCAUUACGCCUCGAUAAUACUUUACAACAUUAUAUAUCACUGCUUCGAAAUAUGCAUAAACAUAUUGCUGCAAAUCAGCAUUUCGAAAUUACAAAUCGAAAGUUUCAUAAGGCAAUAGCUGAAUGUUCGCGAAUCAGUUCGAAUAUGCUAAAAACAAUUUGGUACCAGAUGUUUCAAGCUAAUGUUCAUGAUAAUGCUAUACGUUGGCAGUAUUUGAUUGGUGUAGAUGGAACUCAUAUCGAAUAUCCAGCUCAUAUAAUUCCAGCUCACAAACGUCGUCACUGGAUACCAUUUUUGAAUGCUGCCUUAAAAUUUAAUCGUCGAGUUUUAAUUCUUCUUGAUUUAGGUACGAUUCAUACUAAAACGCAAUUAUUAACUUUAAAACACGCUGCCAAAAUAUUGCUGGACUGUGCUUUACCUGGAGAUAGGUAUAUGGUGGCUGUGACAACAAGUAAAGGUAUUGAACGAGCUUGUCCGCUCUAUAAUUUUUUGGAUACUACCUCUGAUCAUUUGCUUUCCAUGUCUACAUUUAUUGAUACUUUAUUGGUAGCACCAUCAAAUAAUUUUUCCCAUUCAGAAAUUAUUCAAAGCGCAUAUUCGCUAUUAGAAGAAGAUGAUUCAGUUUUUCGAGGCACAACUAAUGUGUAUCAUAAUAUUAUUUUUUAUAUUAGUCGAGGAGUUAUGUCGGAAUUAAGUGAAGCAGUAUCAGUUCUCAAAACUAUCGCGAAGUCAACAAUACGAUCAAAUAUCAGUGUAAAGAUAAACACUAUGGCGCUAGUGAUUGAUAACAAAGCUCCAAUGACCUGGUCCGUUGAUUUUUUGCGAAGUAUUGCUGAACAAAAUUUUAGCAGAUAUUUUCAUUCAUUUCCUGAAGAUUUAAGGAUUAUACUGAAUGAAUCUAAAAUUAUCGUUUCUCCAGGAAAAGCUGUCAUUUUAAAUGAAGGCGAUUUAUCUCCUCUAACAUUGCCUCAAGUUCAUCAAAUGUUAUCAGUAGAGUAUGCAGUUGCAGCAGGUGAUAAUUCAAAUUUAAGGAUACAUUGGUCUUAUCCAUUCAUUGAAUAUCAGUCGACAUUGUUAUCUUUGUCCACAAGUAUAUCAAAUAAGGAGAAACAACUGACUUCAGUUGUUGGAAUCGAUUUAAAUUUUGAUGUGAUAGCCGAUGCUAUAAAGUACACUGAUUUAUUAGUUAUGUCAGGUCGAAAAAAUCGUCUUCGAUUAUUUAUCUGCGAUUUGCAAGGGCGUGUUGUUAUUGAUUCUCGUUUACGAAGAUCACAUUCUUGGCCUUUGCAUAUUGGCGAUCUUGAGAGCUGGUCUGCUAAAGAUCGUUGGCUUAGUGAAAUUUUUUUGUCCAGUGAAAUCAAUCAAGGUUCUUUUGAUUUGGCCAAAUUAGAAAAGGGCAACAGCAUAAAACUAAAAUAUUUUUGGAUGCGCCUUAAAAAUGCGCCACUGGUUGUUGUUUUAACGAAGAAAAUUUCACAUUCUUCGGGCAGUGUAUCAUUAUUAGAAAAAAAUGCUAGGCAGAAAUAUACUUUGGAUAAUUUAGUCUAUCAUAGACUCGAUAUUCAGCGUGAUUCGUCUCUUUCAUACUGUGACCAUCUUGGUUCUUUAUCAACGGUAGAUUCCGGAGGUGUUUAUCUUAGUCCAAGCUGUUUUACAGCCUCUUCAAUUUUGAGGUCGCAGUCGGCGCAAUGGAUCAUGAAUUACUGGGUCUAUUUGGGUGAUCCACUAGGCUUAAUUAGAAACACUGGUAUUCGUUCUGGUGUGAGAGAACAUGUUGGAGCUCUUUCUUCAAUAUUAACACAUUGGAAGAAGAAGGCGAAAGGUGACUCGAAUGAAUAUAUAAUUCGUCGAUAUGUAGCUACAUCUCGUGGCAUAAUGAUUACUUAUCCUGCCACAGUUGUUCGCGACGAUUAUGAACCAGCUAUGCAGUUUGUCCGAGCUACUAAAUUUCCUGGAAAAAUUGUAUUCACUGGGCCAUUCUUAGAAGAUCAAGUUGGUCAGAUAGUCACAUUAUCGACUGCAAUCUUUGAGGUCAGUUAUCUCACAAAAAUAGUACGAAAUAACCUUCAGAUAUGUCGAGAAUUGAGGCGGUGUAUACUGUUUGAUGAUCUUGGUUAUGUCGUCUCUUAUGAUAUAGAUGAUUGGAUGAAUGGUAAACGUAAGCGUAUAUCACAUAAUGGUUUAAUCGAUGCUAUAGAAAAAUAUCAUAUAAGCCAUUUGGAACCUCAGUUGACAAUGCAUCUUAUCUUAAACAGUCAGUUUGUGGAAAAAAAACAGUGCGCUCAGUGGCCCACUCGUUCCAUAGAAAGAUUUUUUCAAUUUAAUGUUUCGUUUUCUGAUGCAUUAAGAGUUUCAUGUGAUGAUGGUAGUUAUAAUUUCUUAUCUAAAUCAGGUGGCUUACUUGCUGAAGUUAUACCAGUAUCGCAUUCCAACAUUUUCUUGGCACUCAUGAAUGAGAGUUGCUCUCCGAUUCAUUCUGUUCAGGCUUUUUGUCCUUGUUCCGUUAAUGAUCGGCGUUGUUUGCUUUGUUCUCGUUUUGAUAAUGCUGAGUGUGAAUGCCCUUGUCAAUGUCCGAUGGAAUAUGAUCCACUCUGUAAUUCAGCUUUAAUAAAUGAUUCAUGUGGGAGCAAAAGAAGCGCAGAUGAAUGUCUUGGAAUCAUUGGGUGUCAGUGGUGCACUGUCCUUGAUGACGGUUACACGCCAAUGGAGCUACCUUACUGUAGCGCUGUUGAUCAGUGUUUCGGUGGCGUGAAAGGAAGGCGAAUCAGAGAUUUGGUCGAUGCAUCUUCGCAAAAGUCCAAUCAUUGGUCGGUUUCUGCUCCCGUUGGACCUGUUGCAGCUGGAAUAAUGAGCGUUUUCUUGAUUAUGGUUAUGGCUAUUUAUUGCUAUCGUAGUCAGGUAAACAGAUUGAUUGAAACCAAUUCUCUGACGGAUUCAUUUGGAACACCAUUGUGUGCACACGGAACCGAUGAUGACGACCUUCAGUUUGAUCAUGAUGGCUUGAUAAAUCAGUAUAGCUUAGAUAAAGUGGUAUCUCUUAUACAACUUGCUUCAUUCGAGCGAACCUCUGUUCCACCAGUAAUUGUACAGCAUCAUUAUCGCAUAUCGCCACGAACUGAAUCAAGCGAUCAAGGAUAUUCAACUAUGACUGAUCGCAUGGCUGGUGAAGAAAGUGAAUCUAGUAGUAAGUAA